AUGGCGACGAACAAUUCCUCCAUCGCCAAACUCGGAGACGAUGUCCUCGCAGAAAUUCUCACUCGUCUUCCGGGCCCCAGAUCCGCCUUCAGAAGCAAAGCCGUCUGCAAGCGAUGGAACGCAUUCAUCUCAACUCCCUGCUUCUCCCGCCGUUUCGUCGCCCACCACCGCCAAAUCGGCUCAGCGGCCGAACCCGAACCCGAAUCCGAACCCGAACCGCCGCUUCCAAACCCCUCCAACCUGCGGGAAUCGAUCUUGACCUUUCUCCCCCUGCCUAUCGCCGCCCUUUCCCGUUUCACCGUCUUGGAUUGCUUCAAUGACCUGCUCUUGCUAGGGUUUCGAUCGUCCGAUGCUAACGACGAGCUGGAACGAACGUUCUUGCUCUGCAACCCGUUUACAAAGCAGUGGAUCGCCCUCCCUCUAGCCGCUCAGAGUCGGCCGAGAAGUCCCGGUACUACCGUCUCCUUCGCAAGAUUAGUGUGCAGCAGCAACGGCGAAGAAACAUCGUUCACAAUAACACAACGUUUCGGGUAUCGAUUUCGCGUGGUGCGUGUGUGUAAGAACACAGCUCAGCAUUCAGCAACGUGUUCGAUACUGGACGUGUUCUGUUCGGAGUCUGGAGAAUGGACGAAAGUGGCUCUUGAUCUUCACGGCGGCCAAUUUGGACCGCACGUGGAUCUGCUCCAUUUUGCGGUUCCCCUCAACGGGAAGCUGUAUUGGAUGAAUGGGCUAAAUCAAGUUGUUGAGUGGAAUCCUUUCCGCCCGUAUGAUCAAAUGCGUUCCAGUUCAAGCACCGAUGUUAUUGAGAUCGGUAGACCGUUCUUAAUCUCGUACUCGCGAGAUUCGUUCUUAAUCUCGUCCUCGCAAGGUGUUUUGCACAUCGUUCUUGGAGCGUUUUCGAGAUUCAGGGAAGUUCUGAUCGUUUGGAGGCUUGAAGAAGAAGGCGGCGGCUUCUGGAAGAAACUUUACGAAGUAUCGUUGGAGAAAUUAAUGCAUAGCACUAGGUGUAAUGCUUCUGAAUAUACGCUGCAGUUUGAGGGCUCCGUUGCCGGCCUCUCCCGUUUCGUUCCAAUCACCUUGGUCGAAGCUCCUUGUCUCUCCGCAGCCAUGGCGUUCCAAAACUCCUCCAUCGUCGAACUCGGAGACGAUCUCCUGGCAGAAGUUCUUAUCCGCCUUCCGGGCCCUAGGUCAGCCUUCCGAAGCAAAUCCGUCUGCAAGCGAUGGAACUCCCUCAUCUCAGCUCCCUGCUUCUCUCGCCGUUUCGUUUCGCACCACCGCAAGAUCGGUCCCGCCGCCGCCGGCGGCGAACCCGACCCGCCAUUUCUAACUCCCUCCAAGCUCCGCGAAUGGAUCCUCACCUUUCUCCCCCUGCCCAUCGCUGACCGAUCCCGUCUCUCCGUUCUCGAUUGCUUCGAGGACUUGCUCUUGCUCGGGUUCCGAUGGACCGCCGCCGCCGACGACGAACUGCGUCGAACUCUCUUGGUCUGCAAUCCGUUUGUAAAGCAAUGGGUCGCCCUUCCUCCUUUACCAGUUCAAAGCUCGCCGAUUUGGUCGUACGCAAAGCUGGUGCGCGAGCCCUGUAACUCGAUUGCCCUGCAUUCCGACGACGACAACGGAGGCAGAGGAGGAGAAGCAAUUACCCAUCACUCCGACCGUCGGUUCCGCGUGGUGCGUCUCUAUCAACUCGGAGAUCAUCGGCAGACGGCAUCAUCCAAUUCAACAUUGGACGUCUUCUGUUCCGAAUCCGGAGAGUGGACAAGAGUGGCUCUGCUUGACAUUUUCGGCGAAUUCGGACCGCACCGGAACUUCGAUGUUUCCCUGAACGGGAAAUUGUAUUGGGCGAACAAGCCAGCGCAAGUCGUUGAGUGGAAUCCUUUCCGCCUCCAGGAUCCGGCUCGUCGGACUACCAUGGAUGACGCCGCGCCCUUUCCCGAUUCGAUGUCCUACUCUCUCACGGCCUCCCAAGGUGCUCUGCACAUGAUUCUCCAGUCUGAUUGGAAGAAACCGGAAGGUAUGAGCCUUUGGAGACUGGAAGAAGGAGAAGGAGAAGGCCGGUCCUGGAGGAAGCUCUAUGAAGUGUCCGACGACGACGCCGAUGAUGAAUCGGAGAGUAUCAUUCCUUAUGAUGGAGGAGGAGGCUGUUCUCGGCCGCAAUUCUUUACUGUAGUUGGCCAUCAUCCAGAUAAGUCGGAGGUCUUCUUUUUAAGGUGUCGUGAAAUGAGUCAGGAUCGUGUCUACGCUUGCAAUUUGAGGACGAAAGAGGCGGAGUUGUUGUCUGACCAGGAAGAGCUCAAUUUUGACUCGACGAUGUUCCAUCAACCUAGGGUCCAUCUAUGGACCACCCAAAUCCCUAAUUAUGUUAAAUUAAGAGGUACUUCUAAGUUAUAA